GUGCCUUGCAGACAGUUCUGCGCAAUGCUGCGGCAUGCGAUGGGAUGCUGAGGCCUGCUCUGCUCACCAGUGCAAUGAUGUCGCUGCGGCUGGGCCUCGGCGAUGCCAAUGCUUCGGUGCGGACAUCUGCUGUCCAGGCCUUGGCUGCGCUGGCACCGCAUCUUCCCCAG